AUGAGCCGCCCCAGUACAAGUGCCAGCCAGAAAUCCAUUAACCACGAGAUACAGUCUUCUUCGGCGGGUUCGCAUGCCACCUUUCGGAACGUCUCUGCCUGCAAUCGCUGUCGAAUCCGCAAGAAUCGUUGCGACCAACGUCUUCCGCGCUGCCAGUCGUGCGAGAAGGCCAAGGUACACUGCGUCGGGUACGACCCGGCUACAAAGCGUGAGAUACCGAGGAGCUAUGUCUUCUUCCUCGAGUCUCGUGUCGCAUAUCUAGAGACCCUUUUGAGGGCGAAUGGAAUUGCGUUUAGGCCUCCUGAGGCACAUGAAGGCGAAGAAGACGAGCUGCAGCAGGCUAGCAACUACCUGCUGCGCGGUGGUGGAGGGGAUGCGGCGCAUGCAAAGGACGGCAGCAGCAGUAAUGUGAGGAUAAAACAUGAGUCGAGGGAUGAAAGGGAGACAAGUCCUCGAUCGGGACCUGCAAAGACGGCCAGGGACUCCAGGAGCAAUGAUAACAAUAAUAGUAAUAAUACCAGCCAGCGUGGCAGCAGGAAAUCACUGGUCGAUGAUGCGAAUAGACGAAUUGACAAGCUGGUCUCGAGUGUCGGGAUGGUGCCUGUUCAGGGCACGUCUGACCCGAGAUAUCUGGGCUCUACGUCCGGCAUAUCCUUUGCUCGAGUAGUCUUUUCUGCAGUGAGAAGUUCAGUCUCGUCCAGCGUGUCUGAACGAGGCUCGAUACGGCCGGGCUCUCGUCGACAAUCAGCGAUUGCCAAUGCGAACAAGAAUGAAGCCGCAGGCAACGGCUCUGGAGGAGGCAUGCACUCGAUGCGAGACUCGUACUUUGGCCUGCAGACAAAACCGAUCAUGAAACAGGCGCCGUUCCCAGAUCGUGAGAUUGCUCAGAGACUCGUCAGUCUGUAUUUUGAAUACUCAAAUGCCCAGAUCCCAAUCCUUCAUCGAGUUGAGUUUAUGGAGCUCUUCAAUCGUAUCUACGCUACGGAGGCAAAGCAACGAUCAGCUAGAGAUCUCUAUUUUCUGAAUAUGGUAUGUGCUAUUGGAGCUGGUAUCAUUUUCGAUGCCAAAGGAGAUGGCGAUGCUGCCUCUCAGGAGGUCAAAGGGGAGGGCGGCAGACGGAGUGCAUCUCCUUCGCCAGCACAGAAACGGAGAAGACUAUCAAAGCAGCAGCACCAGCCAGAGGAGUAUCACGCUUCUGCUGUUGUCCAUCUAGAGUCCUGCCUGGGAUCGUCUUCGUCUACGGAUGGAUUUGGCGGCGGUUUGGAGGAACUCCAGGCGGUCCUGUUGCUGGCCAGCUUCGCUCUGCUACGACCGGUGGCACCUGGACUCUGGUACAUCGCUGGUGUUGCUGUCCGACUGGCAAUUGAUUUAGGUCUGCACCACGAAGAUGGCACCGGUGUCGACUCCGUCGAUGAGGCUGAAGUUGCUCGCCGAAUGUCUCGCAUGGAUAGCAUAGACGAGAAUUCAUCCGAGCAAGUUCGAGCAAAGCUGAAGGUCGACCCUCGCGAACGAGGCAGACGGGAGUUCAUCCGCGACCUUCGACGGAGGUUGUGGUGGUGUGUCUAUUCAUUCGACCGGUUGGUUAGCACCUGCGUUGGCCGUCCGUUCGGUAUUACCGACCAGGUCAUCACCACUGAAUUCCCUUCCCUGCUUGAUGAUGAAUAUAUCACCAAGGCUGGAUUCGUUGCGGCUCCAGCAGGUGCGCCUUCAUACAAGUUCGUUGCCCAUCAUUACUUCAAGCUGCGUCUCCUUCAGUCUGAGAUCCAGGAAGUGCUACAGUACCAGCAGGCUAUGCUAGCCAGGAAAAAUGGUAGAAACCGCAACAACGCAUCCAUGCAUACGAAUCUCCCUUCUCCUUUCCUGCAGAAGUUCGAUAGCUUCCGCUCGUGGCGAAGGGAUAUUCACAGACGCCUUGAUGAAUGGAUACAGUCUUCGCCUCAGGCUCAGGAGAUAGGCGUGAAGUUCUCUCUUCAAUUCUUAGAACUCAACUAUUGGCAAACACUCAUAAGCCUCUAUCGACAGAGCUUGACCGUCCCCAAGCCGUUAGCCUCAGAGAGAACGCCAACGGAAGAUGUUUCCAGCCCUUCGCUGGCGAGUGUGGAAGAACCAGAGGAUGAGGAUGAUGUCUAUUUGAUGGUUGCUGAAGCUGGUCAGAAAGUCCUCAGGAUUUACCGGCAGCUGCAUCGUGUGCGGCUGGUCAAUUUUACGUAUCUUGCAACUCAUCAUUUGUUCAUGGCUGAGAAAUGUCCGCCGGCCGAAGCCUGUCGAGAUGCCUUUGAGCGGAUGAGCAAAGCCACUGUUCAAAUGGGGUUAUCAACUACCGGCUUUGGCCAACAAGGCUCAAUCGGGGAUCGAUUGGCCACUACACAUGACUCUAGCUCUCAACCUCGACAACAGCAUCAGAGACAGCAUUCGGACAGUCAAUACUUCCACGAGGCAUCUUUCCACAAGGCCCAUCCUCAUCAGCAGCACUUUCAUGGUUCCAGGAUUUCUCGGGCCCUAGAUUCAAUCCCAGAACAGCCUGCGGAACCUCGACCAGCUGAGCCUAUCACGGACAACCGCUUCAGCAUCACGAGCUUCCUAUCAAAUCCAAUCGAUUCCUCAAAAAUCGGGAAAUCCCAGUCAUCCUCUCCUCAUGAACGCAGGGAUAUCCCCAACCGCGAAGCUUCCACCACACCUGAAAAACGAUCACCGAAAUCCUCCUCUCGCCAGCUAGGAGAUCCAUUCUCACCUAAUCAAUUUGACAACCGCUUGUCACUUACACAGCAGCGUCAACAGCAGCAACCACAGCAUCACCCAUAUACAUACACCGAUCCCUUUGUAAACCGCACCCCACAGCCCAAUCCUUCACAACAACAGUUCCACCAUUCCCCACAGCCAAGCAGCCAAGCAGCAACGCCAUUCUACCUCUCUGGACUCGACUUCCUAGAUGGACCCCCUCGUCCGUUUACCUCCGAUAACCAGAUGGUCUACACGAGCGGUGAGGGAACAGGCGUCGACAUUUCAAGUCUUCCUCUAUAUUCCCCAGAUAGCGUUCAUACCACUUUGGCGGGAAACAGUGCCCUCGACCUUGGGUUUGGAGUAGGCAUGGCUGUUGAUUUCCAGCAUGACUGGAGUGAAAAUACAGGCUUUGAUCUGUUUGAUGGUCUUUUUUUUGGCGGCGGCGGGUAA